GUCGCAUGCUCUUGCUGAGAACUCUAUCCUCAUCAAAUUUGCUUGGUCUCCGGUCGCUGGUCAGCCGUCGCUCACGAUUGGCGUUACACUCAUCGUCGAUGGACGCUGUCGAGGAAUCACUUCGUAAAUCCCUGUCGGAAAAGCAGUCCGCCGUAGAAGCGCAGGGAAAUGCUGUCCGAGCUCUCAAAGCUGCCGCCGUCACCACCUCCGCGUCCAAGCAGGAAAUCGAUGCCGCCAUUGAAAACCUCAACAAAUUGAAGCUCGAUAAGGCUUCGAUUGAGAAACAGCUUCAAGCACACAUUGGUGGCGCUGGUCGUGACGGUUCAAUUAGCAAGGAAGCAUUCCGUCAAGCGGUCGUUAACACUCUCGAGCGGCGUUUAUUUUAUAUCCCGUCUUUUAAGAUUUACCGAGGUGUUGCUGGGCUUUACGAUUAUGGACCACCUGGUUGCUCCAUUAAGUCCAAUGUCCUUAGCUUCUGGCGUCAGCAUUUUAUUCUUGAGGAGAACAUGUUGGAGGUUGACUGCCCGUGUGUGACACCUGAAGUUGUACUCAAGGCAUCAGGUCAUGUGGAUAAAUUCACUGACCUCAUGGUUAAGGAUGAGAAAACUGGGACAUGCUACCGAGCUGAUCACCUGCUUAAGGAUUAUUGCAAUGAAAAGUUACAGAAAGACCUGAGCAUGCCCCCAGAAAAGGUUGCAGAACUCAAGCAUGUAUUAGCCACCUUGGAUGAUCUCUCAACUGAAGAGCUGGGUGCAAAGAUCAAGGAGUAUGGAAUUACAGCUCCAGACACAAAGAAUUCACUUUCUGAUCCUUAUCCUUUCAAUUUAAUGUUCCAGACAUCUAUAGGCCCCUCUGGUGUGCUUCCUGGGUAUAUGCGCCCUGAAACUGCACAAGGCAUCUUUGUUAAUUUCAAAGACUUGUACUAUUUCAACGGGAAUAAACUCCCAUUUGCUGCAGCCCAAGUUGGACAGGCAUUUAGAAAUGAGAUAUCUCCCCGCCAAGGCCUUCUCAGAGUCCGGGAAUUCACAUUGGCAGAAAUUGAGCACUUUGUUGAUCCAGAAGAUAAAUCUCAUCCAAAAUACUCAGAAGUUGCCAACUUAGAGUUUCUUAUGUUCCCAAGGGACCUGCAAAUGUCUGGUCAAUCUGCAAAGAUAAUACGUCUUGGUGAUGCUGUUUCAAAGGGAAUUGUCAAUAAUGAGACUCUUGGUUACUUCAUUGGAAGAGUUUAUCUUUUCUUGACUCGUCUUGGUAUAGAUAAAGACCGUUUACGAUUCAGGCAACACCUUGCUAAUGAGAUGGCCCAUUAUGCUUGUGACUGCUGGGAUGCUGAAAUUGAAUGUUCCUAUGGUUGGAUUGAGUGUGUUGGCAUUGCAGAUAGAUCUGCAUAUGAUUUGCGUGCUCACACUGAGAAGAGUGGUGUUCCUCUAGUAGCUUCUGAAAAAUUUUCAGAACCUAAGGAAGUCGAGAAAUUGGUUAUAGCUCCUGUAAAAAAAGAGUUGGGUCUAGCUUUCAAGGCGAAUCAGAAGAAGGUGGUUGAAUCACUUGAGGCUAUGAGUGAGAAGGAAGCUUUGGAUAUGAAGGCAGCUCUGGAAUCAAAAGGUGAAGUAGAGUUUUAUGUCUGUACACUUGAGAAAAAUGUGACUAUUAAGAAAAGUAUGGUGACUAUUAACAAGGAGAGAAAAAAAGAACACCAGAGGGUUUUCACACCAUCUGUGAUUGAACCAUCCUUUGGAAUUGGACGGAUAAUAUAUUGCCUGUACGAGCACUCUUUCUACAUGAGGCCAAGUAAAGCUGGGGAUGAACAAUUAAAUGUCUUCCGCUUUCCCCCCAUCGUAGCCCCUAUUAAAUGCACAGUUUUCCCACUAGUUCAGAACCAGCACUAUGAAGCAGUUGCUAAAUCAAUUUCCAAGUCUUUGACGGCAGCUGGAAUUUCACAUAAGAUUGACGUGACGGGCACAUCAAUAGGAAAGCGAUAUGCAAGAACAGAUGAGCUAGGUGUUCCUUUUGCAAUCACUGUAGAUUCAGAAUCGUCAGUGACUAUUAGGGAGAGAGACAGUAAAGAUCAAGUGCGUGUGAAUGUGGAAGAAGCUGCCUCAGUUGUUAAGGGGGUGACCGAAGGCCACACGACGUGGGCAGACGUAUGGUCAACUUUUCCCCAUCAUUCCUCUGCAUCCCAGGAUGAUUGAGGUUAUAGCAGUGUCUCCUUUGGGUUGACCUGUUCGAGUUUAUUAUUGUGUUGUUAUCUGAGUAGUGAAUAGAAGUGAAAAAAGAGAGUUAAUAUUUACGGUCCAUUGCUUUGGUGAUAAAGGAGUUGUAUCAGGAUACAUUUUACAAAGACGUUUUU